AUGGCGAGAGCGACGAGGGCAGCUCGACUCGUCGUCCUCUUUGCGGCUCUGGCCGCAUCCCUCUUCGAAGGCGCGCGCGGACAAGCGGCUUUUAACGACGCGACGGGGUUCAGUUUGAGUCCGCCGUACUUCAACCUCGCCGAGGGGUCGAGGAUCUCCGCCACCGCGACCUGCGGCCAGGAUGAGAGCGGCAGACCGAGGUCCGAUUUGUACUGUAAACUGGUCGGGGGACCCGUUACUGGACUACCCACCCAAAACAUACAGGGCCAGUUCUGUGACCACUGCAAUGCCAACGAUCCAAACAAAGCCCACCCAGUGAGCAACGCCAUCGAUGGAACGGAGCGCUGGUGGCAGAGCCCCCCUCUUUCCAGAGGACUGGGCUACAAUGAGGUGAACAUCACCCUGGACCUCGGACAGCUUUUCCAUGUGGCAUAUAUCCUCAUCAAGUUUGCCAACUCACCUCGUCCUGACCUGUGGGUCUUGGAGCGUUCUGUGGACCACGGCAGAACAUACAGCCCCUGGAAGUAUUUCGCACAUUCCAAGCGUGAGUGCAUUGAAAGGUUUGGCAAGCAGCCCAAUGGACGCAUAAUCCACGACGAUGACCAGAUCUGCACCACGGAGUACUCCCGGAUCGUCCCUUUAGAGAACGGAGAGAUCGUCGUGUCACUGGUCAACGGGCGGCCAGGGUCCAGGAACUUCACCUACUCCCCCGUGCUGCAGGACUUCACCAAGGCCACCAACAUCCGCCUGCACUUCCUUCGCACCAGCACCCUGCUGGGCCAUCUCAUCUCCAAGGCCCAGAGAGACCCCACUGUCACACGUCGGUAUUACUACAGUAUCAAAGACAUCAGUAUUGGUGGACGCUGCGUUUGUCAUGGUCACGCACAGGUGUGUGGUAGCCAAAACCAGCUAAACCCAAAUAGGCUGCAGUGUGAAUGCCAGCACAACACAUGCGGGGAGUCGUGUGACCGAUGCUGCCCGGGCUUCAACCAGAAGCCGUGGCGUACCGCAACGACGGACAGCCCCAACGAAUGCCAGCCUUGCCAGUGCUUCUCCCAUGCCUUUGACUGUUAUUAUGACCCAGAGGUGGAGCAGAGGCGAGCAAGUUUAGACACCUUUGGCAGGUACGAUGGAGGAGGAGUGUGCAUCAACUGCCAGCACAACACGGCUGGCGUGAACUGUGAGAAAUGCGUUGAAGGCUUCUACAGGCCCUACGGAGUCUCCCCCGAGUCUCCCGCCGGAUGUAUAUCUUGCAGGUGUGAUAGCAGGACGACGGCUGGCUGUGAGAUGGGCUCUGGGCGUUGUACCUGCAAGCCGGAGUUCGCUGGAGACAACUGCGAUCGCUGUGCAGACGGUCACUAUGGCUAUCCUCAGUGUAUCAGGUAUCCUGUACACCAGACGACCACCAAAUCUCCUUUCGGCCAUAUUGUGGAGCCCACGGCCUGCCCCCCGGGGUAUUUCAGACCACCCAGCUGUCACCAGUGUGUUUGUGACCACAGCGGGUCAGCGUAUGAAGUGUGUGACGCUUCGGGGCACUGCCUGUGUCGGCCGGGGGUGGAGGGGGAGCGAUGUGACCGCUGUCAACCUGGAUACCAUUCCUUCCCAAGCUGCAAGGUAUGCCGCUGUGAAGGCGCUGGCGUGGCUAGCGGUGCCUGCGGGCCGAGCGGCCAGUGCUCUUGUCUUGCCAACUACGAGGGGCAGCAGUGUGACCAAUGUGCUCCAGGUUACUAUGGAUACCCAGACUGCGCUGCUUGCCGGUGUACACGGGAGGGCUCCUACGGUGUGGCAUGCAACCCUCGGUCGGGCCAGUGCCUGUGUCUCCCAGGGGUGGUGGGCCAGCAGUGUGACCGCUGUGCUGGCUCAGGGCUCAGGUUCCCCCGGUGUUCAGCGUCCAUUGGCCAGUGUAACCCAGCAGGGUCAGAGGUCACGGAUUCUCGAACGGGCUCCUGUGUCUGUCUACCAAACGUGGAGGGGACCUUUUGUGAUAUGUGUAAACCUCUUUACUGGAACCUGGCUAUGGACAACCCCAGUGGCUGCAUAGACUGUCAGUGUGAUGUGAAAGGGACGCUGAGUGGUGUCGGGGAGUGCCAGCAAAAAAGUGGGCAGUGUCCCUGUAAGGCCAAUGCAUGUGGACACGCGUGUGACACCUGCAAGGAUGGAUACUUCCUUUUGCAGAAGCAGAGCUAUUUUGGUUGCCAAGGUUGUGGGUGUGAUAUAGGUGGUGCUGCUAGCAGGGCCUGUGACGAGGCGUCAGGACAGUGUCGUUGUCGGAAGAAUAUUGUUGGCCGCACCUGCACAGAGCCAGCACUCGGCUACUUCUUUCCCAGCCUACACCAGCUGAAGUUCGAGGUGGAGGAUGGCACUACUCCCAAUGCCAGGCCAGUGCGCUUUGGUUAUAACCCACAAGAGUUCCCAGAAUUCAGCUGGAGGGGGUAUGCUGUAAUGUCCCCUGCACAGAGUGAAGUCAGAGUGACUGUGCAUGUUGACGUGAAACAUUCGAGGCAGCCCUCGCCCUCCCUGUUCCGUGUGGUUCUGCGGUUCACUAACCCCGGCGGGUCCAGCGUGACCGGUAGCAUCAAGGCCGCCAGUAACAGGGGCACCCAAGGGUCAGAUCAGAUUCAGGAGGUGGUAUUUCCUUCCAGCCCCUCUCCCACCUUCCUCACUGUUCCAGGAGACGGCUUCGCUGAGCCAUUUGCCCUGACCCCCGGAACAUGGAUCAUCCACAUUCAGGCUCAGGGGGUUCUGCUGGAUUACCUGGUACUGCUGCCCCAGGAUUACUAUGAGGCACCUCUGCUGCAGGAGAGGAUCACCCAGCCUUGUACAUACACAGCCACUGCAGACAGAGAUGAAAAAUGUCUGCUGUAUAAGCACGUGUCCAUGGAGGGCUUCAGCUUCACCAUGGCCUCCCAUGCUAAACUCUCUACCCACAGAGGACGCAGGAGGAGACAGGCCCGUGUGCGACAGCCCACCCCGAAUCACCCUGAGAUGGCUUUUCUCAGUGGCAGACAGUCCCAGCUCCAGCUGAAUUUACGUGUGGCUCGUCCUGGUCCACAUGUCCUUGUACUGGAGUAUGCCAGCGAGGUGGACAUUGUCCAGAAUGUCAACUUAUUCAUCAGCAGCCAGGGACAUGGCCAGAUCCAGGAGAGGGCCAACAUCUUCAGCUGUGCUUUCAGCUUUCUGUGUCGGAGUGUGGUGGUGGACGGCAGCAAUCGGGUGGCACAGUUGCAGCUCUCUCACAAGACAGAGCUUCUCCUGCAGACCUCCACGGCCUCGUUCCUGCUGCACAAAGUCUACGCAGUGCCUGCAGAGGAGUUUUCCAUGGAGUAUGUGGAUCCAAAGGUCCUGUGUGUCUCUGUGCAUGGCCGCUUUACUGAGGACAGCCAGUACUGCGUUCCGAGCCAGCUCGGCCGGCCCAGCACGGCGUGGGUAUUGGACGCGGCCCGUGACGGACGCCUAUCCUCCUCGCCGGGCUUCAACCCCCGGCAGACAGAGGGCGACGCAUGGAGACGUAGGCGGCAGUCGGGGGCGCUCCAUCUCGGGGAGCCCCAGGGUGAAGGGGUGCUGCUUAAAUAUCCCCAGACGGAGAUCCGUUUCAGUCCCAAGGUGCCCCUCCCGGGCAGGUAUGUAGUGGUGGUUCAUUAUCGCCAGCCUGAACACAUCUCCGUCCCCGUGGAGGUCCGAGUGGAGGCAGGGCGCACAUGGGACGGUUUGAUGAACGCGUCCUUCUGCCCCGGUGUGUCCGGCUGCAGGGAGGUGGUGAUCGCAGAUGAGCGCAUCGCCCUCGACUUUGACCGGCAUUCCUGGCAAGAGCCCAGCAUCGCCGUCAAGGUCCCGCCCAGAAAGACCCUUACCCUGGAUUACAUCCUGGUGGUCCGUGAUAGCAGUUACUCCCCAGACCUGCUGAAAGACAAGCCGCUGGAUAAAUCUGCAGAGUUCAUCCAGCGUUGCAGAGGAGAGAGCUUCCAUAUUGACCAAAGAACAGCGUCACCAUUGUGCGGAGACUCCGCCCGCUCUCUCGUAGCAGCCUACAACGACGGAGCCCUGCCUUGUGACUGUGACGAGUCUGGCUCGACGGGGACCGCCUGUGAUCCAGUAGGAGGACAGUGUCUCUGCAGGCCGCAUGUCAUCGGUCGACAGUGCACACGGUGUGCCACGGGAUACUAUGGCUUCCCUUACUGCAGACCGUGCGAGUGUGGUCGGCGACUCUGCGAUGAGGUGACGGGCAGGUGCAUCUGCCCCCCCCAGACGGUCAAGCCGAGCUGUGACGCGUGUGAGAGUCAGACUUUCAGCUACCACCCGUUGCUGGGCUGCGAGGGCUGUGACUGCUCUCCCAAUGGCGUCAAAGCAAACGCCGGACCCGACUGUGACCGGAUCACAGGACAGUGCAGUUGCAAACCCAGGAUCGGUGGUCGGCAGUGCGACCGCUGCGCUGCAGGUUAUCAUGGCUUCCCUUCUUGUGUGCCCUGUGACUGUACCCUAGAUGGGGUCACGCCCGACGUUUGCCACCCAGAUACGGGGACGUGUCUCUGCAAGAGAAAUGUUGCGGGUGCCCGGUGCGAUGCCUGCCGGGACGGCUCCUUCCAUUUUGACCCCUCGGACCCUAACGGCUGCACCAGCUGCUUCUGCUUCGGAGCUAGCGACCGGUGUCAGAGCUCUAGCAAACGCAGGGGGAAGUUUGUAGAGAUGCAUGGCUGGCGUUUGGAGAGGCUUGAUCAGGAGGAGGUCCCGUCUGUGCUGAACCCAGCCAGUAACACAGUGGUGGCUGACAUCCAGGAACUCCCUGCUACGGUUCACAUCCUCCACUGGGUGGCGCCACCUUCCUACCUGGGAGACAGAGUGCCGUCCUACGGUGGCUUUCUUACCUACCAGUCCAAAUCCUUUGGCAUUCCCAGUGAGGGAAUGACGCUGCUGAGCAAAAGACCUGAUGUCCUGCUGAGUGGUCGGGGAAUGACUCUGGUCCAUCUUGCACCGCAACCUCCCUCGCCAGACAGAUUAUAUCACGGCAGAGUCCAACUUGUUGAGGGAAACUGGCGCCAUGCCGUUACAAACAGGCCGGUGUCCAGAGAGGAGCUGAUGAUGGUUCUGGCUGGCUUGGGCGGCCUGAGGAUCCAGGCCUUGCAUUUCACUCAGAGCCAGCGUCUCAGUCUCGGGGAGGUGGGCCUGGAGGAGGCCACUGACUCAGGAGCGGGAGGCCCUGCCCACCAGGUGGAGGAGUGCGACUGCCCGCCGCAGUACUCCGGACACUCCUGCCAGAAAUGUGCUCCAGGCUACUACAGAGACGGCAGUGGGCCUUACUUUGGCCGUUGUGUGCCCUGCGACUGUAAUGGCCUGGCUACCGAGUGUGAUGAGAGGACCGGGAGAUGUCUGAACUGUCAGCAUCACGCAGCAGGGGACCGGUGCGACCGCUGUGAGGAAGGCUACCACGGAAACCCGGCUCAGAGGACGUGCCGGGUGUGCCCGUGUCCGUUUCGAACACAAGCAAACAGCUUUGCAGUGGGGUGCAGAGAGGUUUCCAGCGGGUUCGAGUGUGUGUGCAGAACGGGCUACUCUGGAGACAGGUGUGAGAGGUGCGCUCCAGGUUUCUACGGCGAGCCACUGGCCCCAGGAGGCAGUUGUCGGCCCUGCGACUGCAAUGGCAACGGAAACAACUGUGACCCCAGGACCGGAGUGUGCAAGAACACACUGGAGCCCAAAGACACCAACACAGAAGAGCAAUGCCAGGAAUGUGAUAGCUGUGCCCAGACUUUGCUCAAUGACUUGGAGCAGCUGGACGACGAGUUGGGAAGAAUCAAACGUCAGUUGAACAACGCCACUGCCAGCGCCUCGGCCCAGGAAAGGUUGGAGAAGCUGGAGAAGGCCAUUGCAGACACCAAGAAUCUGGUCAACAAGUUCGGCGCCACAGUCAACAGCCAGAGGUCAAAGGUCAGCCAGCUGGAGCAGGACAUGCUCACUGUCCAGGAUGACGUCAACUCCCUUAAAGACAAGGCGGAUAAGAGGGCAGCUGUGGCUGACAAGGCAGUAGGAGACGUGGAAAAAACUCACCGGAGAGCCAAGGAUCUGGACUCCGAGGUUCAGAACAUGCUGAAGAAAAUCCAAGCCCUGCUGGACCAGCUGAAAAAGAUAGGCACCAGUGCCGGUGGCGAUAUUUUGCCCGGCAAAGACCUGCGUAAGAUGCUGGACGAGGCUCAGCGCAUGGUGAAGGAGAUGGAGGAGAGGAACUUCACCCCCCAGAAGAAUGCUGCCGAGAAGGAAAGAGACGAGGCCAAGAAACUGUUGGAGUACAUCAAGGCCAAUGUGAGCAAGCAGUAUGAGAGGAACGAGGCAGCAGCGGAGCAGAUCCGAAACAAGCUGAAGGACUACGAAGCCAAGCUGAAGGACCUGGAGGAGGCCCUGAAGGAAGCUGGAGACAUGGUGAAGAAAGCCAACACCCAGAACGGACUCAACGCUCAGGCUAUGGAGGACCUACUGAAACGUAUUGAAAACCUGAAGAAGGAACGCGACACGGUCCGGGACCAAAUGGCCAUGGCAGAGGCUGAGCUGCGGAAAGCUGAAGAUCUGCUGAGAAGGCUGUCCGACAGUAAAAUGGAGUAUGAACAGCUGGCAGCACAGUUGGACGGUGCAAAGACUGACUUGACCAAGAAGGUUAAUGAGCUCACCCGGGCGGCCAGCAAGAAGGACCUUGUGGAAAGAGCUGAGGAGCAUGCUAAGAACCUCAACAAGCUGGCCAUGGACCUCCAAGAUGCUGUGAAGGAAUCGAGGAAUCGCUCCGACGUGCGAGAUGCCAUGGGUGCUAUCGAGGCCUACAAGGGCAUCACAGAUGCAAUCGCUGCUGCUGAGGCCGCAGCCAAUGAAGCAAAAGAUGCGUCGAACAAGGCCCUGGAUGGUGUGAAAAAGGGGGACCUGACAAAAAGAGCAAAAGUCCUGAAAGAGAAUGGAAACAACUUACUGUCGGAUGCAGAGGAAACAAAGCGGGACCUUCAGGCCGCCAGUUAUGACCUCACCACCCAAAAGGAGCGUCUGAAGAAUGCUGAAAAGAAGAAGAAAGCUUUGGAGAAGGAUAUUCAGGAGGCCAAGGCAGAGCUGAAUAAGAUCAAGCGCGAUGACAUUGGCGAUAUGAUUGACCAGGCUAAGAGGAAGGCAUCCCGAGCCAACGACACAGCUGGCACCACCCUGGACAAACUGGAUGCGAUCAGAAAGGAAGUCGAAAAGAUCAACAUCACUCCCCUGGACUCCAACCUCAGCAGUGUUAUGGACGACGUGGACAAGUCAGUAAAGAACCUGUUGAACACCAUCCCGUCUCUGGAAGAUAAGAUCUCGGAGGUGGAGAACCUCAGCUCUCACCUCUCUCCUGUCAGCAACAUAUCCGAGAACAUCAAGAAGAUCAAGGAGCUCAUUGAACAGGCUCGAGAUGCGGCCAACAGGAUUGUGGUCCCUAUGAAGUUCGCCGGUGAGGGUCACGUGGAGCUGCGUCCACCAAGGGAUUUGGAGGAUUUGAAGGCCUACACAUCAAUGUCUCUGAUGCUUCAGAGGCCUCCGGUACCCGACAGUGGCCGGGGAGAUGGAGCCCGCAGACGCCGACAGGCCGUAGACCAGGGAGACAUGUUUGUGCUCUACCUCGGCAAUAAAGAUGCCUCUUCGGACUACAUAGGCAUGGCUCUAAGGAAGAACGUGCUUUACGUUGUGUACAAACUCAACGGCAUUGAGAAUGAGAUCAAAACAGACACCAUCACCAGGUCGGCGAGUGAGCCAGCCUUCUUUGACAAAGUGGAUCUGCACAGGAUUUACCAAGAUGCAGAAGUGGACCUCACCAAACUCUACACAUCAAGUAAGCCUGACACAACCAAGAUAAGAAAUAAGCAGGGAGACGGGAUGAAGAACCUCUUAGACCUCAGUCCUAGUGACGUGGUCUUCUACGUCGGAGGCUACCCUGACAACUUCAAUCCACCGCCCUCUCUCAACUACCCCAAGUAUAAGGGCUGUAUCGAGUUCUCCUCCUUUAACGACAGAUUUGUCAGCCUUUAUAAUUUCCAGAAGGCAGUGAACAUCAACUUGGAGACGCCAUGCAAGAGGUAUAUACAGCAACUGGAUUCUGACUACUUUGAAGGUACCGGGUAUGCCAAGGUAGUCGUCGGUAAACCACAGGUCACCAUGCUGAUGGUUCAGACCAUCCACUCCCGCUCUGAGAAUGGACUGCUCCUCUACAUAGGAAAUGAGGACAAAUACUAUAGUUUGACGGUUGAGAUGGGCCACCUUGUUCUUCACAGUAACGUCUUAACAGCACCGGUUCGGAGUGACCGCACAUUGUUCCCUCCUGAAAAUGACAAGUUGGUAGAAGUCCUUGUCAUAAUCGAGUCCACCGGCGGGAAGGCGAUCAAAGUACGUGCGGCAAAUAGAGAGGUAAUCAGAGCUGCUGCAGAGUACACCAAAGGAGAAUUUACAGAAUAUUACAUCGGUGGCUUACCACAAGAGUUGAGGGAAAAGAAUAACAUCACCAUACAACCCCUCAAAGGAUGCUUGAGGAACGUGAAGCUGAAUAAUAAGUACGAAACCUUCGCAGAGAAAGUCGGCGUCAGCCGUGGUUGUCCCGAAGAUUUCUUGGCCUCUCGCAAAGCAGAGUUCAGCUUGGGAAGCUCCCUGUCGUCUGCCCUCACAGGCUUCAGCCUGGCUAAUGAUGUCAGCGUCUCUCUGGGCUUCAAGAGCACGGAGAACAACGGCCUUCUCCUGCAGAAAACCCAGUCGGGUACCGGAAUUGAACUCGCGCUGCAGAAUGGCUUCGUGGUACUCCAGUUCAAAGACAGGGCGUGGAAAUCUAGGAACCAAUACAAGGACGGCAAAUGGCAUUAUUUGACUGCAACCAAAAGAGACGAGGGGAUUAAGUUGCUUAUCGAUGAUGAGGAUGAAGGCCAGCAGUUGACUUCCACCCCUUUCAAAGCCAACUCGGAAACCACCGUGUUCCUUGGAAAGGACACUUUCAAGGGCUGCCUGUCCAACCUCUACACCCGACGGCCAGAGAGUCUGUACAGACCAGAAGACCUGAGCCAGUUCAACUCUUCUGGCGCCGUGCUGGUGGAUGUGUGCACUGCUGACAGACCUCCGCAACUGAUGCUGGACCGUAGCACGAGGACGGAUGUCGCUACGGCAGCGGUAAACGACAGUCUGUCGGCGUGUGCACCGCCGGCCGUGGUGCAGCAUGCUUAUCGCAUGGGGGGCCCAGUCAGCAGCCUGACUUACAGACUCCCACCACCGGCGCUGCAGCCCAGGCCCCACUUCUCUCUAGACGUCAGGACCCGGUCCCCUGAGGGCCUGCUGUUUUUUGUCGCCACCAGGGGAGGGCGCUCUCACCUCGCGCUGUACCUGUCCAAGGGCAGGAUCAGACUGUCUGUAGGCAAACAGAACGAGAUCUUCAACCGGGAAAAAUACAACGACGGGAAGUGGCACUCGAUCAUAUUUAGUUUGGAAAGGAGGAAGUUCCGGUUGGUUGUAGAUGGAAUCAGGGCACAGGACGGCCAGCUAACAAGUGACGAGGUGGCGUCCAUGGAAUUCGUGCCCCCCAUACACAUAGGCAGCGCCCCUGAAUACCUCCACAGAGAAUUAAAGUGGAAGAUUCUGCCGAAACAAAGUGUUUUUGGAUGCAUUCGCAACUUCAAGAUGAACGGCGACCUCAUGCCAGAGCCAAACAGCAACCAGGGUGCGGGGCCUUGCUUUGACGGACCCGUCCAGGACGGGGCUUAUUUCUCCGGAAAGAGGGCCCAUGUCAUUAUCGACGAUGCAUUCGUCGUGGGCUCCGGUUUUGAGCUUCUGUUUGAGAUCCGGCCGAGGAGUCUGACCGGGGUUCUGCUGCACGUGGGGGAGUCUGGCAGGGGCGGACUUGGCCCCACUGAGGGCCACCAUCUCAGCCUCUAUAUGCUCAGAGGAGAGGUGGUGGCCCAGGUUAACAAUGGAGCAGGGGAGUUCAAGGUGGCCGUCAUGCCCAAGACCACGCUGUGCGACGGGAUGUUCCACAAGAUUUCAGUGAUCAAGAGGAAAAACGUUGUGCAGCUGCAUGUGGACACAACAGGCCACUACAAAAUCGGGCCGCCGUCGUCCCCCACCACGCUGACCAAGGACCCGCUGUAUGUGGGCGGCCUCCCGGAGACGCCUGCCCCAGCGACCCUCCCGGUCACGUCGUCCUUCCUGGGCUGCAUCCAGAACAUGAGGAUCAACGGGGACCCGGUCUCCUUCGAGAGGCUGUCUAAGGUGUUUGGUGGAGUCAGUCUCAGAGAGUGCCCAGCAGGUUAAAGCAUCCCGGUCUCCCAGUACCCAGACCCCGGGGACCACGUCCGCCGCGUGCCAUCUGUCACCAGACAGAGAAUGUGUAACUGGGUCAGAAUGUACACAUCACUAAUGCGUCUGAAUGUGAGGCUGCAUCAGCAUGUGUGUCUGUGUGUGUGUGUGUGUGUGUGUGUGUGUGUGUGUGUGUGUGAGCGGUGCAUGGAAUCACAACCUGUAGCUCUGAACUGAAAAACGAGUGCUUUUCUCUGCAGCGUGUCUGUAUUUAUUUUGUGAUAAACUCGUUAUCACGCUGCGGUUUUUGUGGUUGUGUAUUCUACCGUCGGAGGUCUCGUAUCAGGUCUGAUCUACAUGGGCACUGGGUCCAUUUACCCACUCUACCCGGACAGCAUCCGGGUGUGGGCCACUUCAGGCAGUGAUGCGGCACUGAUGGCCCUGACAAAAUGGAUGUGAGCCUGAAGUGGCCCACAUGUAUAACAGCAAAUAUGGCCCAAAUGUGCCAAAUCACAUGUGGGCCUUUUCUGGCAAAGGUGUGGUGGUCUGGGCAACAUGUGGUCUGGAUGGGACCCUGAAGUGGCCCGUGUGGUAAAUGCUGAAUAUAUCCCACAUAUCACAAAACAAAUAUGGCCCACCUUUGGCAAAUAUGUGGCACAUGCGGCAUUGCUAUGGCUUGGUUCUGGCCCAGAUCUGGCGAACAGGAGCGGGCCGCCCAAGUGCCACCAUUCCACGCGGUAUGUGGGCCGGAUGAAGGUGUCGGGUGUGGGACGGGUCCGGGCCACAGCAGUUUUGCUAUCUGGGUAGACACUCUUGCUACUGUAUGUGGUUGUGAUUGGUGAGGUCUGCAUAACAGUCCAGAUUGCCAAGUCCGGGGGCCAAAUGUCUAAACUGUACGUACACAUGAAAACUCUACUUACGCCUCUUCCCACGCAGCUUUCCCACUGUGCGAAACUCCACGGCGGUAAGAAUGUUCAUACAGCUUUCACAUCACACCAUGCAUACCGUAUACGCAGUCUUUUGAGUCCCGUUAGUGUUAUAACAGACCAACAAGUCCUCCAACCCAUAUGACCACACGGGUGGUUUGUCCUCUAAUAUGACCCACAGGAGGGUUUCCUAAAGUAGCGCCCCUACCGACGGCAGGAGGUAUGCCACAGAUACUUUUCGCCUCUGUGCAUUGUGGGUUUUUAAAACAAUGUGAGAACAAUAGAAUAAGUAGGCAGUGCGUUUUUGUGUUGUUUGGCCGUCUAGUAUAGUAACUAAGAUGCUAUUGGCAGUAUGUUUACCUAUGAAUGACGUCAUAAGAGCUAACUUAACCUUAGCCACAAGUUACAAAGUCAGCUAGUGUGGACAUUAGAACCGCUAUGUGACAUUACACUUUGCUUUAUUAAUAUUCCUUCUCGCGACCAAUUAAACUAAACCUUUGGCCUUUAUAUGCAACCAGCCAAUCGGAGGUGUGUCUGAAGCCAUUUAUAGUACAUUGUGGGCGUGGUCAGAAAGCUCGUACGCAUGCGCACAAUUUCAGGAUAUUGAAACUACGAGGAAAAAAAACAGGUGGGAACAGACGUACGAAGGGUUUUAUAAAGACUGCUUAUGCGUGUUCCCUGUUUUGCGUGUACACACAUUGCUACACCCAAGUAUACACAAAGUUUUAUACAUUCGGCCCCUGGUAUGAGCGACCCAGCACUUUAAACGACAUGCCACUUGUGGUGCUUUCAGGGCGAUCAGCAGUAUUGGCUGGUAUCUCUUUAUGCAUUACUGUCGCCUCAGCUGUUCCACGUUUGGAUAGUUUACAGAUCUAGUCCCUGUUAGUGUCCAGAUCUAGUCCCUGUUAGUGUCCAGAUCUAGUCCCUGUUGGUGUACAGAUCUAGUUCCUGUUGGUGUCCAGAUCUAGUCCCUGUUAGUGUCCAGAUCUAGUCCCUGUUGGUGUCCAGAUCUAGUCCCUGUUAGUGUACAGAUCUAGUCCCUGUUAGUGUACAGAUCUAGUCCCUGUUAGUGUACAGAUCUAGUCCCUGUUGGUGUACAGAUCUAGUCCCUGUUGGUGUCCAGAUCUAGUCCCUGUUGGUGUACAGAUCUAGUCCCUGUUAGUGUCCAGAUCUACUCCCUGUUAGUGUACAGAUCUAGUCCCUGUUGGUGUACAGAUCUAGCCCCUGUUGGUGUCCAGAUCUAGUCCCUGUUAGUGUACAGAUCUAGUCCCUGUUAGUGUCCAGAUCUAGUCCCUGUUGGUGUCCAGAUCUAGUCCCUGUUAGUGUCCAGAUCUAGUCCCUGUUAGUGUACAGAUCUAGUCCCUGUUGGUGUCCAGAUCUAGUCCCUGUUAGUGUACAGAUCUAGUCCCUGUUAGUGUCCAGAUCUAGUCCCUGUUAGUGUCAGCCCGUCUGACUCCGUGUUCUCUUGUUCUGCGUGUUAACUGGUUUGGACAGAUAUGGACCUUUUACACAGACCUUGAAAUCAAAAUAUUUUACAUGGACUGUAUUACCAUGGCUUUGACCGCUUUAUUCCUUUUUUUUAUUCUUACAUAGAGAUGUUUUGUGUGGAAGUGAAUGUUUGAAAUGCCAGAAAAUAUUAUUACAGCAUAUAUUUAUGUUUUCAAAGCUUUGUCUUUUUUUAAAAAUCUUUUUUUUAUCAGCUAUUGUCUAUCAGCAGUAGGAGAAUAAUUGUUGAAAAUGUCUAUUUAUAGUGGGCAGUAGCCUGAAAAUUUGCUGAAACAGAGGCUACGAAGACCUUAUUACUAGAGUUAUUAAAAUCAGAAAUGAUUUCACUUCCCCUGCAAGUUUAUACCUCAUUGCCUUUAGUCGUGGUAAUAUUUGUGGAUAAAAUUAUUGGAUAUAUUUUUUUACAUGCAUUCCUGUCUCUUGACCAAUGAUACUCAUUUGUCAGCCCUUUUAUAUUCUGUUUUGUGUCAUUUAUGAAUACUUUCCAUUUCGUUGAGUAAGACAAAUAUAGUGUGACUUAUUUUGCUGUUGAGUUGUUCUCUUAUCCUUAAAGAUGAAAUUUAACACUGCCCUGUUUUGACUUCACUACCAAAUAUUACUUGUUCUUGGUCCUAAGGGCACAGAUGUCAUUACAACUUGGUGGGGGGAUUGAUCAAGACUGCAACUGUGAAACUACACCCGAGACUCCCCGUUUCUGCCCCUCUGUGUUGCUGCUG